AUGGAUCUUAACCAGGCUGAGAACCCCGAUACUUUUGAAAUUCCACCAGGUUCAAGCUGGACGUGUGAUGGAAUCACCAAUGCCGCCUGCCCACAGCGGGUUAUGAUCGACAUUAGUCAGGGGCCCGGCCGGUCUGAAAAGCAUACUAUGGAGGGCGGAGGUGAUGGCCUACCCAUGAUAGUCGACCACCAAACCGAUGAGCUUCAGCUGGAUCCUAGGCCAUUCCCACGACAAUGUACUUUGAGGUUCCAAUUUCUAGAAAAUGGCCGUUGGCAAGACUCUCGGGUCUGGGACGAGAGGACCAACGAUGAAAAUGGUGAAAUUUUCACAGCCAGGACAGAGGACUAUGAGAGUGGAGAUAGAAAUGACACCGUGUUUACUGCUCGUAUGAGUCGCCGCCCUUGGUAG